AUGGCGCGCUUUGGCAGUGCGCGCGACCUCGGCCAACUCUGGCUGCGGGGGACGCGGCGCAAACCCAGCGCCGCUACCUACGGCCUUCGCUAUGGCCCGCCGCUCCUCCUCGCGACCGUCGGCGCCGGCUACUGGCUGUCCGCCUACCACGCCCGCCCCAUCCAGCUCGAUGCAUCGUCGGCAUGGUUGCGCGCGCAGACGCGCAACACGUCCAAUGCCGCCGUGAAGAACGGCCAGGACGACGCCGACGCCGAAGUCAGAUCGGGCGAGCAGGAGGCGCCGCCCCAGACGCGCGUCGCAAAGGGAUACAGCGGACAGGAGGACAAGGCUGGCCGCGUCAAGUCGGCGUGGCAGGCCAUGACGGCGGGCCUGGCGAGCCCCUCGUCGUCGGCGACGCACAUUGGCGACUCGAUCCUCGACUACGUCAUCCCACACUGGGUCAAGGUGCUGCCAGGCUUCUUCAAAAAGCUGCAGAACGAGCUGUCCACGGCCCCGGGCUCGCUGGCCGAGGAGAUCUGGCACGAAGCAAACGACCCGGAGACGAACCCCGAGAUCACCUGGGACGCCUCGGUGCGCGUGUCCGACCAGCUGUGCGAGGAUGAGCUGGCCUUCCGCGCGAAGCGGGCGCACUUCACCCGCGCCGCGCUCGCACGCUACCUCGACCUGCCCGAGGCGCAGCUGCACCCCGACGACGUGCCGGUCAUCGCCAUGUGCGGCUCCGGCGGCGGUCUGCGCGCGCUGGUCGCUGGCACCUCGUCGUACCUGUCGGCCAAAGAACACGGCCUGUUCGACUGCGUCACCUACACGGCGGGCGUCAGCGGCAGCUGCUGGCUUCAGACGCUCUACUACUCAGACCUCACCCAGCGCAGCCACGCCAAGCUGAUCCGCCACCUGAAGAGCCGUCUCGGUGUGCACAUGGCCUUCCCGCCCGACGCGCUCGAGCUGCUCGUCAGCGCCCCGACCAACAAGCACCUGCUCGCGGGGCUGGUCGAGAAGGCCAAGGGCGUGCCCGACGCCGACUUCGGCAUCGUCGACGUGUACGGCGCGCUGCUCGCCGCCCGGCUGCUCGUGCCCAAGGGCGAGCUGUCGGUCAGCGAGGCUGACUUCAAGCUGUCGAACCAGCGCCGCUUCACCGACGACGGCUCGCAGCCGCUGCCCAUCUACACGGCCGUGCGGCACGAGAUACCCCUCGCCGCGCAGAUGGACACACAGGACCCUAUCGCAGCCGAGGCGCGGGCGCGGAGGGAGGCCUGGUUCCAGUGGUUUGAGUUCACGCCCUACGAGCUCUGGUGUGAGGAGCUCUCCGCCGGUAUCCCCACCUGGGCUAUGGGCCGCACCUUCGAGAACGGCCGCACCGUGUGGCGCGAGAACGGGCUCGCGCUCCCCGAAGUGCGCGUCCCCAUGCUCAUGGGCAUCUGGGGCUCCGCCUUCUGCGCGACCCUCUCGCACUACUACAAAGAGGUCGGGCCCUUCCUGCGCGGGCUCGCGGGCUUCGCAGCCAUCGACGCCAUGAUCUCCGAGCGCGACUCGGACCUCGUCAAAGUUCACCCCAUCGAUCCAGCCUCCAUGCCCAACUUCGCCCGCGGCAUGCGCCAUCUGCUGCCCCCAACCUGUCCGGAGAGCAUCUUCACCCACCAAAACUUCCAGUUCAUGGACGCCGGCAUGAGCAACAACCUGCCAAUCUACCCGCUCCUCCGCCCAGGCCGCGACGUCGACAUCCUCGUCGCCUUCGACGCCUCCGCAGACGUCCGCACAGACAACUGGCUCAAAGUCGCCGACGGCUACGCCCGCCAGCGCGGCAUAAAGGGCUGGCCCGUCGGUGCCGGCUGGCCCCCGGAAAACGAAUCCAUCGACGAGAUCCAGCACGACCUCGCCUCCGCCCAAGCAACCAGCGACUCGCAAGCGACGCAGAAAGUGCACGAAGCGCAGCACGCCGACGCCGCCAACAGCACAAAACACAAAGACCUCGGCUACUGCAACAUCUGGGUCGGCACGACCGAGGAGCGCGUCAGCACCGGCGAGCCCCCGGCCAGCAAGCAGGUCGAGCAAGACUGGGAGCUGAUGCACCCGCACUCUGGCAUCGCCGUCGUCUACUUCCCGCUCCUCGCCAACCCGCGCGUGCCCGGCGUCGACCCCCGUGCCAGCGACUUCAUGUCCACCUGGAACUUUGUCUACACCCCGGAGCAGAUCGAUGGCGUUGUUGAUCUCGCAAGCGCAAAUUAUAAAGAGGGUGCUGAGAGGACGAAGAGGACUGUUCGCGCUGUGUAUGAGCGGAAGAAGAGGGCGAGGGAGGAGAGGGAGAGGAGGGAGGAGGAGCGGAGGUGGCGAUGGAGAUUGGCGCAGGGUAGGGUUGCGGGGCAUCGGAUUGGUGAGAGUGAUCACGGGGAUCAUUUCAGUUAGGAUGGGAUUAGGAUGAGGAUGAGCGGUGAUGAGCAUGAUACCCAUUUGGCAU